AUAUUGUUAGCGGUAUCCCCUACUCGAGUCUCCCCACCGCUCGUCGCAACUAUAAAAAUGGACGAAAACCAACGGAUCGGCCAUUUUGUUGUCAGACGCGCGCUCGAACACAUCUCUGAAUAUAUUAAUGUCGUACCUUUAUCAAAUUAUUGUUAGACUGAGAUCUUGUAUAAAUUAUUCUAUUUAAUUAUACGAAUUAUUUUGGUGUUUGUUAUAUUUUUUAUUUAAAAUAAGAUUUAUUGCUAAAAUCAGAAGUGGGAUUCGAGGCCGUUCAAGCCGCGAACGCCAUUUUUGGUUGUAACAAUAUGUCGAGUAGACGACGCCCACCACCACCACAAGAGCGCGCGUCUCCGCCAGUUUCCGAACCAAAUUUAGGAAACCUAGCUGCAACAGUGGAUGCAGUCCUCGGUCGUCUGGCAACCCUGGAGCAGCGAGCCAGUAGUCCUGUUAUCGCAGGAUUACGCCCAGCAAUAACUUCUGUGGGGGACGCGGGAGCUGAAACAGCAUCCGCUUCCGCUACGCCAGCGCCACCUACAGCAACCAUCGUGCAGCGUAGCGAUGACAGUAUCGCAAGUGCCACUGGCUCCGUGUCAACGGACAUCACGGAGCGUCUCAUUGACGCUCUCAAUGCCAUUAAUCCGGCUAUGAAGAUUUGGCAUCGACCGCCUCUCGACAGCAGUCCGAACCCUAUCAGAAAGACCUACAGUUUGGACUAAGCUAGAUCGAGAACCAGGUGGAACAGUCGUGUCCAGAAAGCAUCGGGGACGCUGCUUCGUCAGGAGAGGCCGUGUUAGCGGUAUCCCCUACUCGAGUCUCCCCACCGCUCGCCGCAACUAUAAAAAUGGACGAAAACCAACGGAUCGGCCAUUUUGUUGUCAGACGCGCGCUCGAACACAUCUCUGAAUAUAUUAAUGUCGUACCUUUUUCAAAUUAUUGUUAGACUGAGAUCUUGUAUAAAUUGUUCUAUUUAAUUAUACGAAUUAUUUUGGU